CCCACUGCAGUAAAUAAGAUAGGAAUGUAUACUCUCACUCUACGAAUCAAAAGGGCCACAGAUCCAUUACUGUGUAUUCUAGGCUGAUGUAACCAGUGUGGGUCAGUCGGAGUGACCAAGAAGCAGCUGGUCCUGUACUGUCUGCUCCUAUCUCUGCUCGUAUACUUCUUAAGAGGGAGGAGAGCAGUGGUCAGGGUGGACACGCCCCCUCUUCCUCUUUCUCUGGAGGCGGACACAGGAAGUGAGGUCAGAGACAUGGGGGUGGGCAGCGUGGAGGAACAGCAACAGCGCCUCCCCCUGGAGACAUCCUGGGGCGCUCCUCUGGUGUGGGGCGACUCCGAAGGCUCAGCGUGGCGGAGGGCCGAGUUCGCCCACCGGAGCAUCCGCACAGGCCUGCUGACGCUCGCCGUGGGGCCCUACGGCCACUUCCUGCGCCGCUUCCUCUCCUCGGCCGAGCUCUACUUCCUGCCAGGUAACACCGUGGUCUACUACGUCCUUACGGACAGCCCUCGCGCCCUGGAUCCCCCGCCGCCGCUGGGCCCCGGCAGAGAGCUGAAGGUGGUCCCUGUGGCGGAGAUGUCCGGCUGGGAGAAUCUAGCCCAACGCCGCAUGGCCCUGCUGGCGGCCACCAUUAAAGAGCUGGUCAGGAACGAGGUGGAGUACGUCUUCUGCAUGGACGUGGACCAGGAGCUGGUGGCCCCGGUGGGAGUUGAGAUCCUGGGGGAGCUGGUGGCUGCGCUGCACCCGGAGCUCUACGGCAUGCCCCGCCACACCUUCCCGUACGAGCGCGAGCCCGCCUCGCUGGCCCACGUGGAGGAGGCCGAGGGCGACUACUACUACACGUCGGAGCUGUACGGGGGUCUGUGCGCUGAGGUGUACGCCAUGGCCCGGGCCUGCUCCCAGCUCAUCCUCCAGGAUCAGGAGAAGGGGCUGAGGGCUCGGGGACUGGAGGAGAGCUACCUGAACCGCUACCUGAUCAACCGCAGGCCCACAUGUGUCCUCUCGCCCGAGUACAGCUGGUGGGACUCAGCCCUGGCCGCCGACGUGCCCACACAGAGGGUGGUGUCCCUGGGGAGGUAGUGUGCCGCCCUGGAGCCACAAAAGAGACAGGAGCAGGACUGCUGAGAGGAGAGAGUUAUUUCUUUGCUUUGUCAUAGAAUUAUAACGACCAUAAAAUUUUGGCAAAUUCAAAAAGCUAUUUUUGCAGACCCAUUGGAGUGAAUACUGUGUGUGUGUGUUUGUGUGUGUGUGUGUGUGUGUG